AUGAAUGCCACCCACUUAACCUGCCCUGUGGCUUUAAACACCACCAAAUACUUCACAAUUCCUAUGUACUCUGUGGCAUUGACAGCUGGGCUGCCUCUGAAUUGUUUGGCCCUUUGGGCCGUGAUAACCCACAUCAAAAAGUCCAUUGUUCUCUCGGUCUAUGUGCUGAACGUGGUGCUAGCCAACCUCUUGCAGAGUCUACUGCUACCCUUCUGGAUUGCUUACAGUUCCCGCAACCACCACUGGAUCCUAGGGCAAGUGGCCUGUGUGGUGGUUGGUGUGGUCCACUCCACAAACUUCUAUGCCAAGAACAGCUUCCUGUGCCUCAUUGCCAUGGACCGUUACAUAGGGUUAAUUCAUCCAAUGAAGUUCCACAGAUUGCAGGCAAUGAGCAGUGCCACAAAGGUGAGCGUUGUGGCUUGGCUCCUGGUGGCCAUUUUGUGUGCUGCCGGCAUCUGGCUAGAGAUGAAGGACUUGGGGACAUGGCAAGGGAAUUGUUUAGACAGCAUCCAAUUAGGCAAGGACUAUGCACACUUCAAGAUAUCCACCAUGAGCCUCACUUUAUUCAUUCCUUGCAUUCUCAUGGGAUUCUUCUACCUUAGGGUGCUGCUUGAGGUCAGGAAGAUGACAUCUAUGCAUCAAAGAGUGAAACGGAGGAUCUGUGGCUUUAUCUCCGUUAUCUUGGCCUCCUACUUCCUGCUCUAUACUCCCUUCCAACUGGUUUCAUUUUAUAGAUUCUACUGGACACUGGAGCUGGAAAAGGACAAGAUCUGUGAUUUUAAGAGGAGCAUUUUCAAUUCCAUGUACUUUACUUGGUGUUUGGCCACCUUGGCUAAUAUAUUGGAUCCCCUUCUUUACGUCCUGCUCCUUAAAGAUGUUCAGGCUGAUCUUAAAGAUCAGCUCAGUUUCAAAGGUCACAGGACAGAAAACACACAUAAGUUGGAAGAUCUUCCUUUACAUUCCACAACAGAACAGACAUAA